AUGUUUUGUCUUCUUUGGUCUUCAAGAAUAUAUCCGCUUCGAUCCUUCUUUUCAUUUCUCUCUUGCUUUCCCCGUCAUUUUUGUGGUGGGGCAAUGAACUCUCUCACGUUCCCCUACUCUCUCAUUUUCCUACCCUCUCAUUUCCUUACUCUCUCAUUUCCCUACUGUAUCAUAUUUCCCUACCCUCUCAGGUUUCCCUACUCUCUCAUGUUUCCCUACCCUCUCAUGUUUCCCUACUCUUUCAUGUUUCCUUACCCUCUCAUUUCCCUACCCUCUCAUAUUUCCCUACCCUCUCAUAUUUUCCUACCCUCGCAGGGUUCCCUACUCUCUCAUGUUUCCUUACCCUCUCAUUUCCCUACCCUCUCAUUUUCCUACUCUCUCAUUUCCCUACUGUAUCAUAUUUCCCUACCCUUUCAUGUUUCCCUACUCUCUCAUGUUUCCUUACCCUCUCAUUUCCCUACCCUCUCAUAUUCCCCUACCCUCUCAUAUUUCUCUACCCUCUUAGGUUUCCCUACUCUCUCAUAUUUCCCUACCUCUCAUGUUUCCCUACCCUCUCAUGUUCCCCUACUCUCUCAUUUUCCUACUCUCUCUCAUUUCCCUACUCUCUCAUGUUUCCUUACUCUCUCAUUUCCCUCGUCUCUCACGUUUCCCAACCCUCUCAUAUUUCCUUACCCUCUCAUGUUUCCCUACCCUCUCAUGUUCCCCUACCCUCUCAUUUCCCUACUCUCUCUCAUUUCCCUGCUCUCUCAUGUUUCCUUACCCUCUCAUUUCCCUACCCUCUCAUGUUUCCCAACCCUCUCAUAUUUCCCUACCCUCUCAUGUUUCCCUACCCUCUCAUUUCCGUACUCUCUCUCAUUUCCCUACUCUCUCAUGUUUCCGUACUCUCUUAUAUAUCCAUACCCUCUCUCAUAUUUCCCUUCUACUCCUUAUAUUUAUUUAUCUUCUUCCUCCCACUACUUUAUUACGUUCGCUUCUUCCUCCCACUACUUUUAUAUUUCUUUCUCUCCUUCCUCCCACUACUCCUAUAUUGUUUUCUCUCCGUCCUCCAACUACCCCUAUAUUUCUUACUCUUCUUCCUCCCACCAUUCCUAUAUUUCUUUGUCUCUUUCGUCUCUCUACAAUAUUUCUCUCUUCUUCUUCCCACAACUAUUAUGUUUAUUGUUCUCCUUCCUUCCAAUACUCCUAUAUUUCUCUCUCCUUCCUCCCACAACCCCUCAGUUUCAUUCUCUUCUUACUUUCACUACUCAUAUGUUUCUUUCUCUCCUUCCCCCACUAGUUUAUAAUUUUCUCUCCUUCUUCUCAAUGUUCCUAGAUUACUUUCUCUCCUUCCUCCCACUACUCCUUCUUCUCUCUAUUCCUAUAUUUCUUUUUCUCAUUUCUCCCAGUACUCGUAUAUUCCUUUCUCACAUUCCUCCCACUACUCCUCUAUUUAUUUUAUUUCCUUUAUCCCGCUACUCCUAUAUUUCUCUCCUUCCUCCUACUAUUUCUAUAUUCCUUUCUCUCCCUCCUCCCACUACUCCUAUAUUCCUUUCUCUCCUUCCUCCCACAACUUUUAUAUUUCUUUCUCUUCUUCAUCUCACUGCUCCUAUAUUCUUUUUUCAAUUUCCUCUUACUACUCCUAUGUUCCUUUCUCUCCUUCCUCUUACUACUCUUAUAUUCCUUUCUCUCCCCCCUCCCACUACUCCUAUAUUCCUUUCUCUCCUUCUUCCCACUACUCCUAUAUUUCGCUCUCUCCUUCUUCCCACAACUAUCUACUCCUGUAUUCUUUCUCUCUUUCCUCCCUCUACUCUUAUAUUUCUUUCUUUCCUUCCACUCACUACUACUAUAUUCAUUUCUCUUAUUCCAUUCUCAACUCCUAUAUUUCUUUUUCUCCUUCCUCCCACUAACGCAAAAUAA